CAGUGUGCAGCAUGGAACCUGUCAACAAGACAGCGGUCUCUGAGUUCUUUCUGAAGGGAUUCUCAGGCUACCCAGCUCUGGAGCGCCUGCUCUUCCCUCUGUGCUCAGCCAUGUACCUAGUUACCCUGCUGGGGAACGCGGCCAUUGUGGCAGUGAGCGUGCUAGAUGCCCGCCUGCACACACCCAUGUACUUCUUCCUGGGCAACCUCUCCAUCUUGGACAUCUGUUACACAUCCACCUUUGUGCCCCUGAUGCUGGCCCACCUCUUGUCAACCCAGAAGACCAUCUCCUUUAUUGGCUGUGCCAUCCAGAUGUGUCUCAGCCUGGCCACGGGCUCUACAGAGUGCCUGUUGCUCGCCAUCAUGGCCUACGACCGCUACCUGGCCAUUUGCCGGCCACUCAGAUACACCGUGCUGAUGAGCCACAGGCUCUGCUUGCUGCUGGCAGGAGCCGCCUGGGUAUUUUGCCUCAUCAAGUCAGUGACUGAGACAGUCAUUGCCAUGAAGUUGCCCUUCUGUGGCCACCACGUGGUCAGUCACUUCACCUGUGAGAUCCUAGCUGUGCUGAAGCUGGCCUGCAGUGACACAUCAGUGAGCGAGGCCUUCCUGCUGGCAGGUGCCAUCCUGCUGCUGCCUGUGCCCCUGGCUCUCAUCUGCCUGCCCUACACACUUAUCCUAGCCACCAUCUUGAGGGUGCCCUCAGCCACAGGGCGUCGCAAAGCUUUCUCUACGUGUUCAGCACACCUGGCCGUCGUGCUGCUGUUCUACAGCACCAUCAUCUUCAUGUACAUGAAACCCAAGAGCAAGGAGGCCCACAUCUCUGAUGAGGUCUUCACAGUCUUCUACGCUGUGGUCACACCCAUGCUGAACCCUGUCAUUUACAGCCUGAGGAACAAGGAGGUGAAGGAGGCUGCCAAGAAGGUAUGCAGCAGCAGAAAAGCCUGCACGUGA